UCGUUUCUUAUUCUUUUGCAGCCAUUAUUUCCCCACUCUCACUCUCACUCCCUCUUCCUGAUCUCUGCGGAAGAUGCCUAAAACCUUCUGCUUCUCAUUCGCUUUCUUUUGCUUACUUUGGAGCCUAUGCGCGGCCCAGGGCGGAGGAGGUUCCACCGGAGUGGCGGUGGAAUUGUGGUGCGUAGCAAAGAACAACGCGGAGGACGCUGCACUUCAGUCGGCGAUCGAUUGGGCCUGCGGAGCCGGCGGUGCGGACUGUGCGCCAAUCCAGCCCGGCGGACCCUGCUACGACGCCUCUGAUGUCCUCAGAACGGCGUCGUUUGCGUUCAAUGAUUACUCCCUUAAGCACGGCAUGACCCAGGAUAGCUGUAAUUUCCAGAACACCGCUGCUCUCACUUCUCUCAACCCUAGUUUUAAUGGGUGCAAAUUUCCAUCAAGCUUUAGUAAAGGAAGUAUUAACGGUACAACGAAUGUGGGAUUAGAGCCGCCUGCAGCAGAUAUCAGUAGUAGCAGCAGCUCAGCAAGAUUAGGCAGAUGGAUUGGGGGUUUGACCACAAUGCCUAUGUUUUUCGCAACUCUACUGAUGCUGUGAGGAAGUGAAAGUCGACUCUUGUUUCAUUUCCAUUUCAUGUUGUGUAUCAAUGAUAGAAUUUUAUGUCGAGAAGAUCUGCCAGGUACGAAAUGCUCGUUGCAGUGUCCACAGGAUCCAUUUUACGCGACUGAAUGAUCAAGAUUUUAACCCAGUGUUUCUCUGCUUAGUGCAUUGCUUGAACCAAAGUGUUGAUAAAAAUCCUGCACUGGCAAGCAAAUUUUUGUUUACUUUUUAUGGUUUAUGAUCAGUUUCGUUUUGGUAAUUGUAAAUUAUUACAUUGACUUUCGAGCUUCCAUUCUUGAUAUAUAUUUUGCUCAUUAAAGUUCCUGUCUUUUGAACCUUGAUUGAGGAAUGGGGGCUGUGUUUAUGUUAGAGGGAUAAUAUUUGGACUGUAUUUUAGAACA